AUGGAUGAUUUUGACAAGAUGAAGAACGGGGUGUUGUCCUUGACACAUCUAGCAAAAUUGAAAUGCAUCAACAAUGCACAUAUAAUCAAUGAUAUAGGAUAUACGCCUUACCAUUUAGUGGAACCUAUAUUGAAGAAGAAGACUGCAAAGUCGUUGAAACAGAUGGAGGAGCGAUCGCCGCAGAUUAUAGAUAACAGCGAAGAGUUAUGGGCAGCCCUAUUAAAGAGGGACUUCCCCGAUCGACCACCGAUACAGGCGGUCUUGCAAGACGGGAAACGCACCAAUAUAACCUCACGAGAUUUAUAUGAUAAAUACUUCAAUGAAAGAGAGACACAGAGGUUGAACGCCGUAGACAAUUUGAAAAUAAUGACAAAAAAUUUGAAGGUUUUGAAGGAUAAAACCAAAGUCAAAGCGGUUGAUAAAGUGUUACCAAUGACUAUCAAAAAGAAAAGGCAGAAUUCGUCGGUACCUUUGACAAAGGCACCGUUCAAGAGUAACCUAUUACAAAAGGCACGUAUGGCAAAUAAACAAAGGGUACGAAAUUUCAUUCAACCAAGCCAGCAGUUGCAGCGGGUUACUCCCUCUUUCACCUCGCAGGGCAGCAUGACUAAAUUGGGUCAAGCUAUAACGACCAAACCAGCCAACAAAGAUUGGGUCAAAUUAGGACAGGCCGUGGGGGCUAGAAAACGUUUACAAACCAAUCCAGGACCGAACCGAGGCAAACGAUUCAAGAACUAA